AGGAAGCCCGGCAGGAGGCGAGCAAGCCCGGUCCCGCGUCCGCCAUCCCGGCUCCAGACUCAACGCGGCGCAAUGGAGCGCUUCCUCCGGGGUGGAGCCCAAAUGGCGCCGGUUGCCGGUUGACUGUGCCGCUGCUUUCACACGCCGAGGACGCCAGCCUAACGCUUCGUAAUAACAUUUAAACGAGAUUUGAAUAGAUAUUGGAGCGUACCGAGUGAAGUUACACCGGCGAUAGUUUCAUAAACGUGUACCCAGGACUGGGUUUAAAAAGGCAGAUAGGGAGCGGUUUUCCGGGCGGAUUCGCCUCAGUAGAGCGGCAGGGACCAUGAUGGAAGACUUCUCUGACCUAGCCCUGCCCCCUUUGUUUGGCGGUCACAUCCUGGAGGCGGAGCUGGAGACGGAGGGGGUGGAGUUUGUGGAUGGGGGCGGAGUCUCAGAGAGCCAGGUGGAGGAGGAGACCCAGGAGAGAGAGAGGAGGGAGAGCGAGAGAGAGAGAGACAGGAGGAAAUACUGCAACCUGAACAGGAGGUGUAGAGAGAUCGAACAGGUGAGAGAGAGAGAGAGAUCAGUGCAGAAGCUGAGCAGGCAGCUGAAGAAAGAGAGGCGGUUCUUGAUGAAAACUCUGAAUUCCUAUGGAGAUGAUUACAGGAGCGCCCAGCUGACCUUCCUAUUGGAGGAGGAGCUGAGUGGCACUGCUGACCCCGCCCACAGAGAUGAGGGGGAGGGACUUGAAGAAGCACCUGGCUCCUCCCCCUCCACUCUCCUCCAAUCAGCAUCCAGCAGCAAGAGGAAACGGCAGCGUGCAGCCAAGGAGAAAGAGGCGCAGCUGGAAGGAGAGAUGUCAUCUCACUCUGAAACUCAUGUCUCUGGGUACUGCAGUGGCAGCAGCCCGGCCCAGAGGACCCCUUCAGACUUCCCGUAGCCCAGACCGGACUCUUUCUCUCCCUCUCCAGCUGGAAAGAGACAUCUCUUCUCACUUUGCAGUGGCAGCAGCCCGGCUCAGAGGACCCCUUCAGACUUCCCGUAGCCCAGACCGGACUCUUUCUCUCCCUCUCCAGCUGGAAAGAGACAUCUCUUCUCACUUUGCAGUGGCAGCAGCCCGGCUCAGAGGACCCCUUCAGACUUCCCCCUAGCCCGGACCGGCCUCUUUCUCUCCCUCUCCAGCUGGAAAGAGACAUCUCUUCUCACUUUGCAGUGGCAGCAGCCCGGCUCAGAGGACCCCUUCAGACUUCCCCCUAGCCCGGACCGGCCUCGACUGCUAUGGCCAAAAGUUUCGCAUUACCUAGCAUUUUAGGA